AUGGUGCUGGACUCUCUGGCCAUUGACCCGCCAAAGACGAAAUACCUGGAUGAGCAGCUGAGCGCUCUUCUUCCAGAUGUCCCCCGGCGUUCAAUUCUGAUGAUAGACUGCGCCAAAGAUGGCGCAGAUGGCGGGGAGAAGCUGCGGAAAGCUGCAUCAAACUUGCCGUGGACAGAUGUACUGCCCCAGGCUGGGGCCAAUGUGUACAGCAUCCUGCAGCGUGACAACCUCAUUCUGAGCUGCAGCGCAGUGGACCUGCUUGUGCAGCGAUUGAGGCAAACAACGUUGCAGCAGCCACACAAUUCCGUGCACACAUGA